UUUUCAAGCAGACCAAGCACACCGAUGCGUCAAUGAGUGAGAAACAAGGGAAAUAAGAAAAAGCGAAACAGUUAACAGCCGCCGGACAGCAUCGCAAAAAGAAAAAAGUGUUUGUACGCGUACUUUUCAGCAGAAAAUCACCGUUUUGUUUGUCGAAAUUGCAAGAAAUGAGCUCGUCGGUGAUGCUAUUCGCCUGUUCGAAGUGUUUUUCUCGGCAUCCGUUCGAAGAGUUGUCCCCGGGUCAGCAGCUUUGCAAGGAUUGCCGUGGAUCAUCUGCCAUAGUAAAAUGCACAUAUUGCCGCACUGAGUUUGAGCAAACCAGCAAGGGAAGCACAGCAGCAGUUUGUAAAAAAUGCGAACAGAACGUCAAACAAUAUGGUAAACCGUCCGCCUGCGAACUUUGCAACAUUAUCGCAGCGUUCAUCGGCUCCAAGUGCCAAAGGUGUACAAACUCCGAGUUAAAAUACGGACCGGCGGUAUCUUGCGAUCAGUGCAAACAGCGAUGUGCCUUUAAUAGGCCUGACUAUAAGGUCGAUGGCAAGUUGUUAUGCUGGCUAUGUACUGCCUCCUACAAGCGUGCACUGACCAAAGCACGCCAGGCUGAAAGCGAUCGCCGACGGGCGAAGAAACGAGGCGCAGAUGGAGGCGCUCCAACUUCCAUGUCGGCGCCGGCUCCGCUAGUACCCGGUGGCGCUGGCAGUGGAAGCAACACUUUACCGCUGGGAUCGAGCAGUAACUCUAGCCGCGAUCGCGGAGGAGAUCGUAGCUCAUCAGAUAAAAGCAAGAGCAGCUCGUCGAAUCGUGGAAUGUCCACAUUGCCACCGUUGGGCGAUCUUAAUGCGGGACUCGGGCCGUUAGAAAUACCCGACAAUGGUCCCCCUGGAGGUCCAAGCAGCGGUGGACUCGAUCGCCCUGACAGCGGAAGGAAAGAUGGCGGACGUCAUUCGUCUAAUAAAAAGCCACGUACCGAUCAUAUCAAAUCGCUGGGUCCGGAAAUACCGGAAAAGGUUGCCAAAAGUGCUAACAGCGGAUAUGUCGAUCCUCACAGCACGGAUCAUGUGAUUGCAAUGACACAGCUUAAGGAAACGAUAGCAACCUUACAAAGGAAGCUGAAACAGAAAGAUGCGGUUAUUUUGGACAAAGAGAAGGAGAUAAGUGCUUGGAAAGGAAAACAUUUAUAUCUAGAACAGGAUUUGAUGAAAAAAUACAAAGACAUGGAAAAGAACUACGAAUUCAAGGUGGACGUACUAAAUAAGAAGCUCAAAUCGCAGCUACUCGAGAUUGCCCAACUGUCGAAGUCGGCAAAGGAUGCUGUCGAGAAGAAAAAGAAACCGAUAGUAUUUCUGGCUACCACCAAACUGCAUAAACUGAAGUCCGAAAUCAAAGAGAAAGAGCGCGAAAAAAUCACAACCGGUAGUCGCAAUCGUAUCGUUGAGGAUGACGACGACGACGAUGAUAAGGAGGAUAAGGAAAAUGACAGUGACAAAACUUCAGACAGGGGGGAAUCCGGUAGAAACACACCGAAAGAAAUUGGUAAAGACAGUCCUCGUGAUGUUGACUCUGGAAAAGAAAGUCCUCGUGAUUCAGAUAAAGAUGAUGACAAAGAGGAUGAACAUGUAAAAAAUGAGAAAAAGGAAAGUGACUCCGAGAAAGAAAAGACCGAGGAACAAAGCAAAAGUAACGGAUCAGCAAAAGCUGACGAAGACUCCGACAAAGAGAACGACGAUAAGAAGGAAGAAGAUAAGAACGUCGAUAAAAGCGAGGAGAAGGAUCAGAGUUCAGAUCGUGGUUCAGAUAAAGGUUCUCGGCGUAAUUCAGAAGCAGGUUCAGACAAAGCUUCCGACAACGAAUCCGAUAAGGACUCCGAACAUGGAUCUGAUAAGGACUCUGAUCGAGGCUCAGUGAAAGGUUCUAACCAUGAUUCGGAACGUGGAUCCGAUCAAGGUUCUGAUCGUGGUUCGAACAAAGGAUCUGAUCGUGGAUCUGAAAAAGGAUCAGAUCGAGGUUCCGAUCGUGGCUCAGAUAAAGGGUCAGAGCGUGGAUCCGAUAAAGGAUCUGAUCAUGGCUCAGACAAGGAAAGCGACAACGAAUCUGAUGAUCGGUCAGCGAAAGGCAGUGACAAGGAUAGCGGUUCUGAUAGUUCCGAUCAGGAUAGUGAUCGUGAUUCAGAUUAAUUUUUGCUACAGGUCAAUGUUAUGUCAUGUUCAUGGGUAAUAAUCUCGAUUGUCAACAGUUCUAAUUCAUUUUCCUUGGAUAAAAAUAUGCUUUUUAUCAUUCGUUGUUCUUUUAUAGUUAGUUGCAAAUAUAGGAUUGGCUUCAUAGCGUCAGUUUUAUUCAGUUUUAAAUAUUUGUUCUAUAAUAAGGUUCUCAUUGAAAACGACACAAAAACUUAUGUGUAAGAUAACAUAGGAUUUAAAUUUAACGUAGAAUUUUAACUAUCGCCCGUCGGCUCAGAACAUCGGCUCACCGUUCACCAUUCAACCUCAAACUGUAACAACAAUGUUAUCAAAGAAAACAGAUUAUCAAAUGCAAUUGCAUGAUACCAUACAUUCAACAGAUUUUGAUUUUGUCCUGCUAUCUAGUAAUAUUUUAAACUAAAGAGUUAGAUACCUACUAUUAUAUAAUAUAUUCAUUUGAAAAUAAAAAGGUAUUGAUAAGUGAUAUGUUGCUGUUUUUCACAGUGAAUGCCGAUUCUUAAAGUAAUAUGGGAAAGUCAACACACUGUCUAAACUAAACAUGCAUUAUAAUGAUGAGAUAAAUAUACUUAAAUUCAGAAAUAAAUAAAUGAAUAAAUGAUA